CACGUUUAAUUUAUGACUAAAAUAAAUUUCUCAACUUUUUCGAAUCACUGUGAAAACCGACGCAUUACUCCAAAAUGCACCCGGAACGGCCCUCCUCGUCACCACCGCCCCAAAAACGCUCAAAACCCGAGGUCGCCGCGGAGGUCGAAGAGUACGAGAUGCUGAUCGAAGACGAUUACCUGGAAGCGAAAGACUUCCCCCUGGACGUCGUUCUGAAGGUGGAACCACCCGACUCGGGCGUAACGGUGCGGCACACCAACGGCCAGGACGAGUUCGUUGCCGUGGAGGCGUUGGCCCCGUGGAAGGUCGGCCAGCUGGGCUGUUCGGCGCGGAUUUUCCACGCCGACAUGGAGAUCGUGGUGCACAAUCUGGGCUGCCUGCUGGCCAUCGACGACACCUUCGUGGCCAAGGUCGGGCUGGCGGAUUUGGCGGCACUGGGCCGGGCCCGGAGCUUCCGGCAGGCGAAGAUGGCACUGCUGAGACAACUCUGCAUCGUCCAAGUGCUGCUGGAUUACGUUACGGUGGCACGCGAACGCGCUCGAACCGAGCUGCUGCAGCUGAUUAAUGGUUUGCGGAAGCAACCGGUCACGGUGGACACGAGCGAGAUUUACGGAAUUGUUCGGAAAUCGUCGGAAUUGGACUUUGUGGGACUUUGUCAGCAACUUGGCAAAAAUGUGAGCGUGUCGGAAGAGCUGCGAGAGCAAGCGAGGAAUCUGCUCCAGGUCGAGCUGGCCUGCGAGCGGCGUAACCGUUGGUUGAACAACGUCCCGACCGAGCUGGGUGAGGACGCGACGUGCAAGUUGAACUCGACGCUGCAACUGCUGUGCGCCAAGGUGUUGGAAACGCACGCGACCGCCCUGCUGGACAGGGCUCCGGAGUUUCUGCGCCUCAGGCUGAAGGACGUCCCGCAGGGAACGCUGUUCCGAGUCGAUCCCGGUGCGGUGCAAAUGUUUUACGACCUGGACAAGGCGCUGAGCGGGGAGAUUUUCCGGCAGCCGCUGCAGGAUCUGGCCGAGCGAUGGACCAAUCGCUUGAAGUCGAUCGAGGAUGAUGCUGGGGUCGUCAUCUCGGUCAAUCCGAUCUUCUUCUCGCUGUGUCGUGGGUUGGAAGAGGUGAUGGUGGAACUCUUCGGCGGCUACAGCUUGCUGGAGAGCGAUUCCAAGGGCUGGCAUCCGGUUAUAAUCGCGGAAAUGCUGUUGAAAACGGAUCUUGCCAGGUGUCUUCACCGGGAGCAUCUCUUCAUCUUUCGGCUGCUGAAGCAUUUUGAUCCGGCGGUGGUCGAAAACGUAGAACCAUUUGACUAUCAACCGCGGAGGUUGCUUAAAUUGCUGGGUGAAAAGCCGUCCAAAAUUGCCGACGAGUUUUACGCGUGGUUUUGUCUGCUGGACGACGCCCUGCCGGCCGACUGGGACCUGACCCUGUACGAGCAAAUCGUACGCAACUUUGUCCAGCUCCUGACCGGUGCAAGUCACGCCCAGCUGGAGACAAUUCGAGUCAUCACGCUCAACACGGCCCGCUUUAUCGUGCAGACGUUUCCGCUGGUGGCCUCGGCACGUUCCGGCGAAGACGCGCAAAUUCUGCAAGCUCAGCUCGAGUUCAUCAACAGGACGAUGCUCCGAUCGACGGAGUGCACCACCUACUACCGAGAUCUGAUCGAUGUGUUCAGCGCCUAUUGGAAGAAUCGCAGUCAGAUCGUGGAGCGAAUUUCCCCCAAGAACGAAGGUAUGGAACGGAUAAAGAAAGACCUGCUGAAGAUCGUGAUCGUGGCUUUAAGCAAGAACGUCGGCGCCGACCUGCUAGUCUCGCUGUUUCGAUCGUUGAACGACUUCCUUCUCGAGUUAACCGACGUCCCGUUCGACUGGCUGAUCAAGUCCGUUCCGGGGCUGGCGAUGAGUGGCAUGAUCGAGUUCAAACUGGUCGAACCGAUCGCGAACAAGUGGAGCGGAACCGCGAACCAAACGUACCGCGUUACCAACCCGCAAAAAUUCCAACAAAUGCUGUUCCUCAUGGCGGAAGGAUCGACCUGUCCGCGGCACUACACGAUCGACGCGAUCACAACCCUUCUCAGCUACAUCUGCGCCCAGCUCGAGUGCGCCCGCUGGACCGACUCCGAUCAGCUCACAUCCACCGCCGCGCUCAUCUCUUCCAUGCGCAGUUCACUGAUUUAUCUACGCGAGCAGGCCGAGUACGUGUCGUUCGAGGUGUUCCUCGAGGAGAGCACCAAACCGUUCAGCAGUCUGAUCGAGACCGGCGGUCAAUCACUGUCCGGCUUCCUCCGACGGGUCUCCCUGAUCAAGGAGUCGUUCUGCUACCUGCGCAAGCAGAACGAAAUGAGCCUUCCGGAGGCGUUGCGGGCGUUUGGCAAGUUGAACGGAGGAACCACCGCGGAAGAGCCGAUCCAGCGCGCCUACCAGCGGUACUGCGAUCGGUUCGUGCAGUACAUGGCGGAACGCAACUCGCCGCGGGACCACCCGAAGAUCCUGUUCCGCGACUGGACCGUGCAGUUCAAGCAGACCGAGCUGCCCCAGAUCCUCGCCCGAGUGGCGGCCGUUUGGUCGAUCGCGGUCUCCACCGACGUGUCCAGCACCGGCAAGUUCUUCAAGCCGCACUGCGUCCAGAUCCUGUGCGUGCUGAAGCUGCUCGGCGUGGACGCAGACGGGGUGGCGAAGGGAGUUCCGAAACACCUGGCGCAGGUUCUCACCGGCCAGGGAAAGUCGCUGAUUCUGGCGUUGAUCGCGGCGGUCCUUGCGCUGACUGGGCAUUACGUCCAGAUCGCUUGCUACAACGAAUACCUGGUCAAGCGGGACGGGGGCGAGUUUGAGGAGUUUUACAAGCUCUUGGGUGUGAGCGAUGCCAUCAAGUACGGAACGUUCGAAGAUAUGGCCAACGCGGUCGUAGCGCCUGAGGUUGAUGGGAAGCGGAUGGAGCUUCGAACCUUCGUUCAAGAAAUGAUCCUGUCGGAUGGCGGAGGUUCACGACCGAAGAAGCCCAAGCCACAGGUUCGCGCAAACUCGGUUCUGCUGAUGGACGAAGUGGACGUCUUCUUCACCAAAGAGUACUACGGCAACGUGUACUGCCCGGCCUCCUUUCUGUACGUGCCGGGUUUGGCCGAGAUUCAGGUGCGAAUUUGGAACGAAGUGCACGCCCGAGACUUGCGAGACACGCACAAAGUAACGGCCGCUAUUCAAAGGUUCAUUGGAACGCCCCUCUUCACGGAACGAGCCAAUUUCGCUGAAUUCCGUAACAAAGCUACGCCCUUUGACCUGCUAAUCUACGACGGUACGAAACACGUACGACGCUCGUACACCUGCAAAGAACUGUUCGACGAGCAUCUGCAAACGAUGGCGUCCAAUGCCAUCGAGGUCGAAACCAACACGGCCAACCACCGCGACUACAAGCUUAGCCCGGAAGGCGUCAUCACGCACAGAGUUAAGGAAAAGUACGAGAACCGUACGUUCAUCCAGUACUACUGCGUCUUCCACUAUUUCCGCCUCAAGCAAGGAAGCUACACCACGUUCGUAAGUCCGAGCGGAUUCAACUACGGCUACCUGAACGUCGCCUGCGGUUCGCUCUCGUACGCGAUGCUGCCCAAGGCCUACCCGCUCAUCCUGGGCGUCACCGGAACCCUGACCGCGUUACAUCCGCACGAAAAGGCCGCCAUCUCCCAACUCUACGACAUCAACCGCACCUCGCUCAUGCCGUCCUUCUUCGGCUGUUCCCGCCUCGCGUACGACCCAUCAACCAACUUCACCAAACUGUCCACCAAGUCCCACUGGCUGGCCAAGAUCUUCACGCACGUCCUGGUGGCCCUCGGCGAAUCAACCUCCCGCUCCGUCCUCGUCUUCUUCCGCGACGAAGCCACGCUCGAGGAGUUUCGCGUCCAGUUCAGCGGCCAACUGGCACGCCUUCAAGUGCUCACGGAAAACAGCGCCCAGCAGGCGCAAAUAACCGGUCAAGCGGGCGUUCCCGGCACGGUCACGUUGGCCACGCGAGCCAUGGGACGGGGCGUCGACUUCCGGUCCAGUGUGGCGGUGGAAAAGGCCGGUGGCGUGCACGUCGUGCAGACGUUCUUCUCGCUGGACGUGAAGGAGGAGCGGCAGAUCCGGGGGAGAACCGCCCGGAAGGAUAACCGCGGAAGUUACGAGCUGGUGCUUUGCGAGGAGGAUUUAAGGGCGAACGGGCUGGAUGGGGAAACGUACGCGGAGUUGGAGGUGGCUAGGGCGGAGUUGGUGGCGCGGGAAGGUGGGAGCAUUGCGAAGGGGAUCGAGCAGCGUGGACAGGACCAUCGGACCACGAUGCAGUAUCUGCAGGGGUUCUUUGAGUGAAGAUGUGAAAGCCUAUAAAACGAUGUUAUCUAAAAUAGAUAAAAACAAAACAAAUGUUGAUCAUUGAAUAAUUUGAUUUAAAUAAAACAGACUAAAAACUUA